AUGUCUGACCAGAACAAGUACAACAGCAAGCUCAAGGACCAACGUGUGUUGAUCAUCGGAGGCAGCGCUGGAAUCGGUUAUGGAGUUGCCGAAGCAUCAUUAGAGAAUGGUGCCCAUGUCAUCAUCUCUUCCUCAAACGAGUCUAGAGUUCAAGAAGCUGUCGUCAAGUUGCAAAAGGCAUACCCAUCAGCCGCAAAGCGCAUUGAGGGCUAUGCAGCCAACAUGGGCGAGCAAGCUAGCCUUGAAUCAAAUGUGGAGCAGCUGUUCAAGAAAGCUGGAUCUGUCAACCAUGUCGUCUUCACCGCGGGAGAUUCCCUGGCCAUGAUGCCGCUCGAAGAGGCAACUAUGGAUAAGACGAUUCAAGCUGGUAUGGUCAGAUUUUUUGCACCGCUCAUGGUGGCCAAGUAUGCAGCAAAGGUCCUUGAGAAGAGCACAACAUCAUCCAUCACAUUGACCACCGGCAAUGUCAGUGAGAAGCCCAUCCCCAACUGGAGCGUCAUCAAUGGAUUUGCCACGGCUUUACAAGGCACAACAAGAGGUCUCGCGCUGGAUAUGAAGCCCAUUCGUGUCAAUCUGGUUUCUCCCGGUGCUGUACUUACCCCACUAUGGGAUGGUAUUCCGGAGGAGCACAGGGAGCAGACUUUCAAGCAGUUCGAGAGCAAGAUGGCAACGGGCAAGAUCGGGCAGGUCGAGGAUGUAGCCGAAGCAUACAUUUAUGCAAUGAAGGACAAGAACUUGACGGGAAGCAUGAUCAGUACAAAUGGAGGUUCCAUGCUCAUGUAG